CAGAAGUCGCUGACUGAGUGGGUCGUAGCUGCCCCCCCCCCCCACCCCCACCGAGCUGAGCCUGGAUCAGUUAGAGGACACGAGUUGUUAAGGACAGAAACGCCGAGUUUCAGCUACUUUGACACCGACUCCAUCCAGAGGACUGGACUCCUGUCAAGCCGAACUUCUCUGGAUUUUUUUAGGUAUGCCUGUGGUCACUGCUGCGUCUCCGGACAGGUAACCAGGUGUGUCGCUGUGGUCAUGGCCCCGCCUUCACUGCGGCUGUUUCCUGUCACGGUCCUGGCGGUCGUGGCGGUCGUGGUGUCGUCGGCGGAGGAACACGAGUGGCACUUCAACCCAGCUCAGUGUCGCUACGCCCUGGGGAUGGAGGACGGCACCAUCCCAGACUCUGACAUCACGGCCUCCAGCGCCUGGUCCGACUCCACUGAGGCCAAACAUGGACGUCUGAGUACAGGAGAGGGCGACGGAGCCUGGUGUCCUGCAGGAGCCGUGUACCCCAGUGGGUCGGAGUACCUCCAGGUCGAUCUGCGCAAACUCCACUUCCUGGCUUUGGUGGGAACCCAGGGUCGUCACGCCGACGGUCACGGCCAGGAGUUCGCUCGCAGUUAUCGCCUGAGCUACUCCAGGGACGGAGUCAAAUGGAUCACCUGGAGGGACCGCUGGGGCCAGGACGUGGUGUCAGGGAACAAGAACACCUACGACAUCGUGCUCAAGGACCUGGGCCCCCCCAUUGUCGCCCGCGUGGUGCGCUUCCACCCCCUGGCCGACAGGGUCAUGAGCGUCUGCCUCCGAGUGGAGCUGUACGGCUGCGUCUGGGACGACGGGCGGACGGCGUACACGGCUCCAGUGGGUCACCUCAUGCACCUGCCCGCCAUGCCUGUCUACCUGAACGACUCCACCUACGAUGGCAGCACCGAGCAGGGGGUGCAGUUUGGGGGUCUGGGCCAGUUGUGCGACGGCGUCCUGGGGGGAGACGACUUCAUACAGACCAAAGAACUGAGAGUGUGGCCCGGGUACGACUACCUGGGCUGGAGCAGAGAGGCUCUUGGGCAAGGCAGCGUGGAUAUCGAGUUCCACUUUGAGAAACCCCGCGUCUUCCACAGUAUGCAGGUGCACAGCAACAACCGACACACUCAGGGCGUCAGGGUCUUCAGCAGAGUGGAGUGUGUGUUCAAACCCGGGAUCCUCCAGCCCUGGUCCUCUCCUGCCCUCACGCUGCCCGUGCCCCUGGAGGACCUGAAGGACCCCUCGUCCAGACCCGUCACGCUGCCACUCGGCGGCCGCCCGGCCCAGAUCCUCUGCUGUAAAUUCUUCUUCGCCGACCAGUGGCUGCUCAUCAGCGAGAUUUCUUUUCUCUCUGAACCCUUUGAGGAGGACGUGACAAACCCUGAUUCAUUCCUUCCUAAUCCACCCAAGGUUCCCAGCAGCAGUUUAUCUCCUCCUGUUAACCACACCUCCCUCCCCCCCACCUCCAACUACACCUCCUCCUCCAACACCACCGACGCCCGCUCUGAACCCCCCACCACCUCCACCUUCGUGACGGACACGACUGGUAACUGGACGCUGUCAGGGUCAGUGACCCCCAGAGCCGGUCUCCCCGUGGCCAAAGACGACAGCAGUAAUACGGCCAUCCUGAUUGGCUGCCUGGUGGGCAUCAUCCUGUUGCUAUUGGCUGUGAUCGCCGUCAUUCUGUGGAGACAGUACUGGAAAAAGAUUCUGGACAAGGUGAGUGAAAACGUACAAAUAACAGCUACUGUCGUAGCUAACGCUAGCUCUGGUGUCUGUAGUUAACGUUAGCUCUGGUGUCUGUACCAGGACUG